AUGGCGGACGUUGCACAGCCAAAGCCGGCCGCUGCACCCGGUCGAGAAGAGCGCAUCAAGUUGAGGUCGGCCUGCGAUCGCUGCUCUCUGAAUAAAAUCAAGUGUAGCCAGGAUAAGCCAGAGUGCCAGCGAUGCAAGACACUAGGCGCCCAGUGCCAUUACAGCCGGUCGAUGAGGAUGGGCAAGCCGCGCAAGUCGGCCAAGGCCAAAGCCAUGGCGAACGCGAAAUUGCCGGGGAAGCCAGUAGCAGAGGGUGGCGAUGCAGACAGGAACAGCAGCAAUAGUAGCCCCGUCGGCAGUAUCGAGCAGCAGCAGCGUCUGGCGCCAGCAGCAGAGCUACAGUGGUCCGCCGACUGGAGCUUCGACAACCUCUUGGCCGCCCACGAUCACAUGGGCGGCGCCUCAGGCACCCCCGCCGCGGCGGAUCCUUUCAAGGCCUUGUUCGACCAGCACAGCAACAACAGCAACAACAACACCGUAGUUCCCACUGCCGAUAUUAUGACCGUCGAUGCACUCUCUGCUGGUUACAGCCACUCGGACGAUGCCUUUCUCAGCUUUCCUCAGUCGCCCCUCUCCCUGCAGAAGCCGAUCAAGGACGAGCCGGAGAACGUCUACCUCUCCCCAAGCAGUUACUACGCCCCCUCCUUUGACUCGACGCUGCUCUCCACUGGGUCGAACUCGCCCUUCGAGGACCUGGGCCCGUCUCUGCUGUCCCAGUCCCACGACUGCACGCAGUUGGCCCUGGAGACCUUGACGUCACUGUGCCAGCCCUCGACGGCGCAGAGGACCGGAGAGGGACAGCCACGUCCCACCAUCGACCAGGUGCUGAAGAUGAACAGCGAAGCCAUGAAAAACGUUUCUACCAUUCUUGCCUGCAGCUGUGCCAAGGACUCCUCGUUCCCAAUGCUUCUCAGCACCAUCUUCAACAAAGCGUUGGCCUGGUACCGUGCCGCAGUCGAGUUCCAUGACAUGACGGGUGACACCAUCAACUGUGUCAAGGAGGAAAUCGUGCAUCGGCCCAUCAGCGUCGGAGGAUACGAACUGGAUGACGAAUCCAGCGAUCUCAUGAAGAUCCAGCUCGUGCUGAACUGCCUGCGUAUGAUGUCUAAGCCCGUGAAGCAAUACAUCGAGGCGUAUUCCAGCGUUGCAUAUGGUCCUCGGCCAAUGUCACCGUCCUCAACAGACGGGAGCUCCUCUGAUCUCAAAACCUCUGAUGCCCAUCUCGCGGUCGGCAUGACACAAGUGUACUCGACAAUGGGCACCUUCAUCCAGGGAAGCCUGCGAUCUGCAAUUGAUGAAUUGCAAUCGAAGCUCGCCUUGAUGGGCGGCCAUCUUUGA